CUUCCCCUCCCCCCGCCCUGAGCCCCCCGACGCCGCCGCCGCCGCCUCCUUCGAGCGGGGCCCAGGCCCAGCCGCUGCCACCGCUGCCGCCGCCGAGCUCCGCCGCCGCCGCCGAGCACCAUGGGAGACGCUGGGAGCGAGCGCAGCAAAGCGCCCAGUCUGCCGCCUCGCUGUCCCUGCGGCUUCUGGGGGUCCAGCAAGACUAUGAACCUCUGUUCCAAAUGCUUUGCUGAUUUUCAAAAGAAACAACCAGACGAUGAUUCCACUCCGAGUACAAGUAACAGCCAAUCAGAUUUGUUUUCUGAAGAGACCACCAGUGACAACAACAAUACCUCGAUAACCACGCCAGCUCUUAGUCCUAGCCAGCAGCCGCUUCCGACAGAACUGAAUGUAACUUCACCAAGUAAAGAGGAGUGUGGGCCAUGCACAGAUACAGCUCAUGUCUCGUUAAUCACACCAACCAAAAGAUCCUGUGGUACAGAUUCACAGUCUGAGAAUGAGGCUUCACCAGUGAAACGGCCACGACUACUGGAGAACACUGAACGAUCCGAGGAGACUAGCCGGUCUAAACAGAAAAGUCGACGUCGGUGCUUCCAGUGCCAAACCAAACUGGAGCUGGUGCAGCAGGAGCUGGGAUCGUGCCGCUGCGGUUUGGAGUUGGUUUUCUAGGAGCCCUCUGUUUGAGAAGGUCAACUCUACGGACAGCAGACUGUUGAAGGAGAAAGCGAACCAGUCAGGAGCCUGGGAGAGAAGGAUGAGGUCUCCUCUGGAAAGCAGUUCCUCACAACUUUCCUGAGGCCCCCCAGGGUGGGGGCUGGAGGGGGGCGGGGGAGCUGGCCAGGAGUGCUGGCAUCUUCUAGGGUUUUUGGAUUUUGAAAACUGCUCUGGGUUCUAAGAGGGUAAUGCUACGUGUUUUCAGCUACUGAAAUAAAAUGAUAUUUGAAAGAGCAAGUCAUUAUUCCUGUGGCAUAAACUGCCUUGAGCCAUUUUCUUAGUUUUUAAUUAUAUGCUCCUCUCUAGAUAACACAGCCUGGUUGUGAUGUGAGCCUGCCGCCAGCCCCCUUCUCCUCCUGCUCCAGGGGGUUAAAGAGCUCACAGAGGGAAGUUGGGGUUGAGGGGGGUGGCUCUCACAGGUCCAAGCUGAAGGCAAGGGUUCCUUCCUGGGGCAGGUGCCCAGCCCCAGGUCUGGCCCACCUUCUCUCCCACACACACACCGUUGAAAAAUAGGCAGAAAUGAGAGGUGGAAGACCUGUUCCCUGGGUGUCGGGUGAUGGAAGUUGUUCCUAGAAGUGGACGGGAAUUCCCCAUGGAGGAAAGAGGUCAGAGCUUUUUGCAGGAAUGAGGCUUGAAGGUUUGAAGAGAUGACGAUAAAGGAGACCAGGGUGGUGGGUUGUUUGUAGCUGUGCACACCGUGUCGGGAGCUCCAUCACGCUGGGCUCUGACACGCGUCUCUCAGGGCCUGCGCCCCGGCUCUGCGCAGGCUCGUGUACCUUGGCUUUCUGUCACACUGCUUUGUGUUGUAGCAUUUAGCUUGUAUUUAACUUGAUAUUUUAAUUGAUUUGGAGGAAAACAAACAAUUGUGUCUGUUUGAGAGCUGUCUUGGUAUUGUUUACUGGUUUUCAUUAAAUUGGUGAGUGCUUUGCUUGUGUGCUAAGUCGCUUCAGUUGUGUCCGACUUUUUGUGACCCUGCGGACUUGUAGCCUGCCAGGCUCCUCUG